AUCCAGGUUCCUCGUCACAGAUUCCUGACAGCGAACGAGUGGAUUAUUCUCGCCCGCGGUGUUGGUGCAAUUCGAGAUGCAGAAGAAAAUGCACUCGUGGUUCCGACCAGCUGGUGGUGGCCAGCCAAGGGUAUCCCUCCAGGACUUUACUCAGAUGUCAUUCGUCGGAGGUCUGUUUCUUUCUACUUCUUUCACCUCGCCAGCAUCGUCCGCUGGGGUCUCUUAGUUGUGCAGCUUUUUCUCGGCGCCAGUCUCACUGCGCUUGGUGCCUUUAGUUUCGCCAAUGGUACAUCUAUCACUGUUCUUGGCGCAGCAAACACCAUAAUUGCAGGACUGUUAGCUCUCUUGCACAACAGCGGACUUCCGGAUCGAUACCGUUACGACAUGGCCGAGUUUGAAGAGGUGGAGGACCACAUCAGAGAAAUUCUCACGACAAGAUUAGUGCGCGCUGAUCUGACGCUUGAUCAAGUACUUGCACAAUGCUACGACCUCUUCCACGACGCAAAGACAACCGUCGAGGCCAAUAUGCCGGCAACGUACACACCAAGCCAGGCCACCCCA